AUGGGUGUGAAUACGCUAGUAGCUCGAAAAGAUUACAACGACUAUAAAUUAUGUGUCCAAGAGAACAUACACAGUAGCAAUGUUAAGGAAAAAUGUGAGGGGAAGUUAAAUAAAGCGAUAAAUACAACUUCACACAUAAUUUCGAGAGAGUGCAUAGCACACACAGAAGAUUUAUAUAAAUGUUUUAAGCACUCUUUUCGUCUAAGUUUUUGCGAUAAGGAAAUUGUAGAAAAGCUACAGAGUUGUCAUUCAAAUAUUUACAAGUUGAUAACUUCGUGA